UUUGAUUCUGAAGCACACCUUUCCUUGACUUACUAACAUCCACUUGAUGCUUGUCUACUUCAUCAGAAAUGGAGGUGGUUGGGGGAGUUGCCCAUUACAUGGGACUAAAAGAAAAUCCCCUACAUGUAUGAAGCAUGUUUAACCAUUUCCCUUUCUGGAACGCCCCUCCUAUUUGCUGUAUGACAACCGUAUAUAUUAGGAGAAGAAAUGGGCUCAAAUAAUCUGUCAUUGAGACAUUUCCAGCAGAAUUUUUGGAGGAUUCUCCCCUCAGAGCCUCAUCUGCGUCCAUCUGUCUUCACUCCUCCAGAACCGCUCAUCCUCUCCUCCUGUGCAGCAGCAUGGCUCCGUUGUCUCACCUGCUGUCCGUUCUGGCUCUGUUCACCCUCUUGGCCGGGACUUCAUCCAGCCCUAUCUGCAACAACCGGUGCUGCCGCUUCGUGGAGAGCUUUCCUGUGAGGCUCAGGAAGCUGCGCCACGACUUCGCACAGAUUAAAGAUUUCUAUGAAGCCAACGAUGAUUUGGACUCUGCAUUGUUGGACCAGACGGUCGAGGAUUCCAUUAAGAGCGAGUUCGCUUGCCAGACCAUCGACAGCAUCCUGGACUUUUACCUGAAGACAAUCUUGCCCAAAGCGGCGGCAGGAUAUCCCGACGACACGGCCGACGUAAAGCCGCAUGUGCUGUCCAUACAGGAGAUUUUCGACCAGCUCAGGACUGAUGUCACCCAAUGCAGAAAUUACUUCUCCUGCAAGAAACAUUUUGAAAUAAGGAACCUAACAGCUGCUUACGACGAGAUGCAGAAUAAAGGUCUCUUCAAGGCCAUGGGAGAGCUGGAUUUGUUCUUCAACUACAUCGAGUCGUAUCUGGCGUCCCAGCGGCGUGUGUAGUUUGCGUGAUGACGUGCUGACUCCUGAUAACCUGGAUGCUGAGUUCCUGAGUGCCUGAUUGUUUGUUCCAUCAGUGUUGUCUGUGUGAUGAAAAUGCUGCUGAACUGCUACCUUUGCUCCAAAGACUUGAGUUUACAUCUUUGUCCCAAGGACAAGUUUCCAUUUAAAGACCACAUUGUGUCAUACAAAUCAAAAUCUUUGUGAUGAUGUUUGAGAAGACUCUCGGCCGUGUUCUUAAGUUAUUCAAAACUAAAGAAGCUACUGAGAUGAAUAGAAAAAGUCUUUCAGAAUCAAAACAAAAACCUGUAUUUUUCAUAUUUAUAUUUUUAAGUUGUGUAAUUUAAUGAUUGUUUUGUAUUUAUUAUGACGUU